GGAAAAGACGGCAUCCCAAUCUUUGCCUCGAGGAACACUUGAGGCGCGACGAGGAACUUUUAGAGGAUGGCACACUACCAAACACAUAUAUGGAUGCAGGAAUGCAGAUAUAUCAUGAAUGGUCGUUUGAAGAAAAGGAUGGAAGCCCUCCUCAUUUGCUCCACUUCUGUGUCUUCGAAGGUCUAGGGUUUGCGGUGGAGGAGAUUCUGAAGACGAACCCCGAGUAUGUCAAUGCUAAGAGUGGAAAUGGUGCCACCGCUCUUCAGGUCGCUGCCCUACAUGGCCAUGCGGAAGUCGUGGUAUUGCUCCUCAACAAGGGAGCAGAUUUGCAUGCAAAGGAUGGGCGACGCGGCACCGCUCUCCAAGCUGCCUCAUUCAACGGUCACGAAGACGUUGUAGAAAUCCUACUUGAUAAGGGGGCGGAUCCGAAUAUCCAGGGCGGAAGACUUGACACCCCUCUUCAGGCCGCUGCAUUGAAUGGUCAUCGAGGUAUUGGGGAACUCCUUUUAGACAGAGGAGCAGAUUGCAACGCGCAAGGAGGUGAAUAUGGAACUGCUCUUCAGGCCGCCUCAUACAAAGGCCACGAUGGCGUCGCAAACAUUCUCAUCGGCAAGGGAGCAGACUUGAAUGCACAAGGCGGGAAAUUUGGUACAGCUCUUGUGGCUGCCGCGGCCUCUGGUCACAAGACCAUUGUACGACUUCUCAUCAAAAAGGGAGCAGAUGCCAAUGCACAGGCCAGCAUACCAUGCAAAACCGCUCUCUGGGUCGCUGCUUUGAACCUCCAUGAAGAAAUUGUACGGAUUCUAUUAGAUGAAGGAGCAGUCGCAAAUUUGUCUUCAAUUGGUGCCGAAAUCCUGGCUCAUUACUGGGAAACCGUUAUUGAAGUGCUUCGCGUCAGAGGUGUCGAAAUCGGUGAAAAGGGAUGGCAAGCAUCAUGGAGAUCGAAAAUGAUCUCCCACCAGACCAUCCUUAUGUUACUCGGCAAGAUGUUCGUUGCGGACACGGUUGCAUAUUUUAGCAACGUUCUUGUCCCAGCUUCUGGAGAAGGUCACCUCGAUAUCGCCCAGGCACUGAUAGAACUAGGUGCGAAGACUAAUGCCACAGACGCACACGGAAUGAGCGCAUUAAGCCUUGCGGCUGCAAACGGACAUGAAAACAUUGUCAAACUACUCCUACACCAUGAAGCAUUAAGUUUCAUCAAAGUCGACUACAAAUGCCACCCCCUCUAUACUGCAUCUUGCGGGAACCAGGUUAAGAUCAUUAAACUGAUGCCUCUGAACGACAUUGGUGCAGACACAGUCUACGAAAGUAUCGUGUCAGCACUUCAGUGCGACUGCUUUGGGGCGGCCGAGGAGCUUCUCAAGCAUUUCAGCCCCCGUUCAACCCGGCGAGUCAAUAUACCACAGAACAUCCUACAAUACGCUCUGCAACAGGCAUGUUGCCACAGAAGCCAUCGUCUGGUGAAAAUGCUGCUGGAGAGUGGAGCAUCUGCAAACGAGGUGGACAAAAACGGAGCCAGCCUCCUUCAAAACCCGUAUAGGAAUUCGAGACCGGUAAUUGCUGACCUCCUUCUUCAACAUAGUGCGAGAGGCAGUACACAAAAAUUCGCCAUUGAUCCUCUCUUUAUCAGGCAGUGCGAACGUUUUUUUCUUUCCUCAGUGGCAGGCGUCGCCGCAGUAUACAAAAGGAGGGAAGACUACCUUGCAUACAACGUAUCUGUCAAGAUUGAGGAGGGAGGAAAAGUGAGUGUACAUGUAUCUUAG